CUCGGAUGGCGAUUAGGCAGGACUGGCACCGCUCCCUGGGCCGCGCGCCCUCGGUAUAAGACCCGCCCACUCGAUCGCUGCUGGGCCUCGUCGCCGCGCCCUCCGCACCCAUGCUCGAUACUGCUGCCCCCUUGUUCGACGUCCAGCCGCUCAACAGCUACAACGUCGCGCAGCUCCGAUACGCGUUCGAAGACGGCAAGUCCCUCGCCCUCGACGCCCUCCCCGACGCCCACGCCGUCCCCUUCGCGUCGCCCCUCUUCUCCGCCCACGACUACGACGCCCGCCGCAUGUCCACGUCCGCCACCUCUGACAGCAGCCUCCAGUCGCGCCCAGAAAAGCGCGGUCCGUCGCCCUCCAGCUCCCCGCUUCCCAAGAGGUCCCGCCCAGACAUCUCGCUCGACCCCAACGCCUGGUCAAACCCGAACACGCCCUCGCCACACCCGCCCACAGAGCCUGAAGAGCGCCCCGACGCAGACCCCGCACGCGUCCAGCUCCCGUCGCUCGCGUCCACCUUCCAGGACCGCUACGAACGGCGCGCCUCGCUCCCGACCCUCUACUCAGACAACCCCGCGUCGCGCCUCCGCCUCCCGCCGCCGGGUCACCGCCCGAGCCAGUCCUCGUCCGGUCUCGCGUCGUACCAAUUUCCCAACUCAGAUAGCAUAGACAGCACCCGCUCGUCCGCCAUCUACGAUUACCCCGCCUCCGGCCUCUCCCAGUCGGGCUCGAGCUCGUCCUACAACUUCUCGCCACUCCAGACGGACUACUCGCGCUCGUCCGGGCUCUCGUCGUCGAUCUCCUCCGAGUCGGACUGGUCCGCAGGAGGCAUUGUGCGGCCCAAUUCGACGCCCGGCAACCUUGCAGGCGUGCCUGGCCUCAAAUACGACGACGCGCUCCGCCACCCCUCCCUUGGUUCGCAGGAUCUGUUCGGGGGUGUCACCCGGAUCUCGGGCCAUCACGCCUCGACAGAUCGCAGUGCGCGUCAAUCGUCCGGCAUUAAGAGCGAGGAGUGGUCCUUCCCCUCCAACGACUUCAAUAUGAACCCGCCCUCCAGCGCGCCGUCCUACCCCUCCACUCCGUCCACUUCGGCGUCUGCAAUGACCUCCUCCGCACCCAACAUGUCUGGCACGAGCUCCCCUAACCGCUCGCCCCAGUCCGCCUCUGCCGCGAGUCUCGUCGAGCGUCCUCCGCGCAAGCGUGGUAAGCUCCCCAAGCCCGUCACCGACUUCCUCAAGGACUGGCUCCAUCGACACUCGGACCACCCGUACCCUAGCGAGGAGGAGAAAAAGCAGCUGUGUAACGCUACUGGUCUCAGUAUGAGCCAGGUGUCCAAUUGGAUGAUCAACGCACGGCGACGCAUUCUCGCGCCAGCGCACCGCGCCGCACAAGGUCCGACGACGACGACGCCGUUUAGCUCGCGUCCGGGCCCCGGCGUCGUCCCCAGCGUGCUCGACACCGGGCGGCGCGCGUCGAUGCCGACGGACAGCCUGCAGCUGUAUUAUCCGAUGUCGCUGCAGAGCCUUGGCGGCGACCCACACAUGCCCGCGAGUACGCGGCAUAUGGUGAGCAUGUCGCGCAGCCUAUCGAGCAGUAAUGCCACGGCGGGUAGCCUCAGCCAAGGUCACCAUGGCCACGGCAGCAGCCCAUAUGCGCUUGAUGGAGGGUACUCCACGAGCCACUCGCGGAUGGGCUACGGCUCGAGUGGCUUGAGCCACGGGCACUCUUCGCAUGGGAGCUCAGGCUACGGGAUGGGUAUGUCGAUGAGCUCGAGCAGCGGACUGUCGGGAAGCUCGAGCUUCCUCGGCUCGUCGCAAAACCAGCUCUACGGCCACUCGUCCGGCGGGUACACGCAGAGCCCGCAGAGCGGCACGCGGAUGACGAUCCAGCAGGAGGACAGCCAGGCGCGGUAUACGUUCCCCGACCACUCUGUCUCGCCACAGCCUGGUCCCGGCUCGGGCUACGGCACCCCGCAAUAGUCGCGGGUCGCUGUAUGCGCGGGUGGACACCCCCACUGACGGCCACUGCGCCUGAGGCGUCCAUCUACGCCCGGGGCCGACCCCGCGCUCGGCCCACACGCUGCUUCGCGAGUUCGGCUUCGCACAAGCCUCGCGGGUGCACCUCCACGUACGUUCCAUACCCUGUUUAUCGCCUCGCCUCGCUCGACACCCUCGCAAGCUGCAAGCGCGCACGACGUCACGUUCCCCAUCCUGCCCUGCCUGUGCUCACAUGUCCGCAAGUAGACCUAUCAGACAGCCCUCCUAAUCGCCCGCGCGCCCCUGGCCGAGGCGCACACAUUCUUG